AUGCACUCUGAUUUUAUCAAAGAAGUGGAAAAACAUCAAAAAGCCAUGGAAAAUAUUCGAGAUGUUCAAUUAGCGCUGUAUGGAAAACCGUCAACGUUUUUAACUGAUGCAGAGUCUCAAAUAAGACGUCUUCGAGCUCAUUCUUGCUUGCUUUAUGAAGGGUGCAUUAUUGGUGUCUGUAAGCACGCAGAAUACAAACGCGUUAUUGAUCAGUAUCGCGAUGUUAUUAAUCAUGUUCUACGUGCCCAUGAAGAAGCCAUGUCACUAAGCGAUGGUCAACUCGACAAAAAAAUAAUGAAGCAGGUCAUCAAAACAGAAGUUAUUCAAGAAGGAAAAGACCCUCGUUAUUCCGAUUUCGCAGUCAUCGACUUUAGCAAGUGUUUCACGAACAAAAAGAAAUGCACUCUCAAAAUGAUAAACGAAAUAGAAAACAAUAAAACUAAAGGAUCUGGAACCCAGAAAAAUACUGCUAUUGAGGAUAUCGUCAACAAACCAACAAAUGUUGAAUACGCAGAAUUGGAAUAUAAAUCGGCAACUUCGUUCCAGAAAGCCAUGACCAUGAUUAAACAGUCUUUCAAAAAAGUUGGAAGAAGAAUGUCGGCGGUGAUAGAAAAUGAGCCAAAACCAGAAGUUGAGUAUAUCAAGAUAGAUUUUGAAGCCGGCAAUGAUUCUGAACUGAUUGAUGAUAAGGCAUCGGGAACAACUAUUUAUUCAGUUGAAUCUGAAAUACGCAAAGAAAUAUGUCAAAAGCCGUGUAGUUACGAGGACUACGCAGAGAUUGAUUACACUGCUUGUUCAAACAAAACAGAUGUGAAAGAUUCAUGCUCUAUGGAAGAAGCAAUUGAAGUCAAUGAAGUAGGCAAUAAAAAAGGAAUUGCUCCAACCGAAAUAUUUAUUGGCCGCUUCAAAGUGGAAAUGAUUGCCCAGAAUACCAGAAAGGAUGUAUAUUACGUGAAUGUGUCGAACAUAGAAACUGGUCAGCAUAUGCUAUCAUCUUACCGCAUGUUCAUGGAUUUUUAUCGUGAGAUUAGCAAAUAUGAAGAAGCCAUGGAAAAUAUUCGAGAUAUUGAAACGUUCUUGUUUGGAGAUACUAGUUCAACUUAUAAAGAAGGAAAAAAAAAGAUGAUUCGCCUGUUGGCGAACUUAAACAUUAAGCAGCAAGCGUGCUUUUUGGGUGCCCGAAACAACAAGCAUUGUCACUAUAUUAUGGAAAAGUACCGAAGAACAUACAAUCACGUACAGAAUGAAUAUGUGAAAUUGGUUCGCACCCCGGGUCAAUAUGCUAAAGAUCAAGCCGUUGUGAUAAAUGCCCAAGGAGAUAAGGGCGCUGACGAAAAUAAAGACAGCCCUGCAAGUUUUAGGAAUUCUGUGGAGGCUGAAAUCAAGAGACAUCUGAAGAAAGCUAUUCAAUCCGAAACUGGUAGAUUCCUUGUUAAAACAGUGCUGCCAAAGACGUCAGACAGGAUUUCCAAUGAUGAAGCUGAAACGUCCACAACAACAGCCCAGAAUGUACAGACAUUACAUCAGAUGUGUGAGAUGUUUUACCGUGAGGUCGAUCAAUGUAAUGAGCAAUUUGUGCGUCUUGAAUCUUUCCAGGUGUCCCUUUUUGACAAUACCAAUGCGGCGUUCAAUCAGGGAAAAGCCAAAAUGACCAAACUUCUGGCCAAGUUGAACUCUGUGCAAAAAAUGACACUUUUGGGUGCUCGCAACGACGAGAGCCGCCGGAUUUUUCGCAGUAUUCAGCACGAUUUCGAAAAAACCGUUGAGGGAUCCAAGAUCAAAACUAGAGAGAACAAGGAAAAUGCGGAAGAAAACACUAAAGAUGACCAUAAUAUUAAUAAGAAGAAGGACAAUAUGAAAGAUGCUGGUGAAAAUAAAGUUAAAGGUCAAGAAGAUGAAGAAUUACUGCGUGCAAGCGAUGAAUGGAAAAUCAAUUCUACUGUUGUUAAUCCUUGUAGCUUAGUUCAAGAAGAGCUUCAUCCAAUUCUUCCUAACAAGAUAAAAGCUCUUGGUUUUGAUCGGCUAAUGUCAAAUUUGAUUUGUGCUCCGCCAAUUUUGAAGCAGUUCUUUUGCGACUAUAUAGAUAUCCAUCGCACUGCUUAUGGUCGUAACUUGCGAAUGCCAGCAGAAAACAUCAUUAACGCCAUUGCACAAACAUCGAUUUCAGGAUACACCGGACUAUCGAUUUCAUGUUAUACAGGUGAAACUGUAAUUUCGUAUGCGAAAUUGCAGGAUACUGGAAUGUGGUGCUCGCCUUGGUAUAUCAAGAACGGAGCAUAA